AUGUUCAAAAAAUUCAUUUCAAUUGUUAUUUUAUUUUUUAUUUUAAAAAAUUAUUCUGAGGGAGGAGGACCGAAGAAAGGAAAAGGAGAAACAAGUGGGCAACAAACCCAAGGGUGGAAAUGUGAUUGGGCUGGAUGUAUAUAUCGUUUUGAUAAUGCAGGUGUUUUUGAUCUACAUGUUAAAGAACAUGCGAGAACGGCAGAGGUCACAAUAAUUAUUAACAAUAUUAAAUACAAAUAUAACAAUACGUAAACAUUAAAUUCGACUGGCG